CGGAGCCACCGCCCCGCCAGGGAUCGUACCAGUUCGCUUGAAGUUGCCCCCCGUAGCAAGCUAACUAGGGAGCUCUGGGCUGUGGGGAAAAUGGCAGACAGUUUUUCACUUAAUGAUGCUUUGUCUGGAUCUGGAAACCCAAACCCUCAAGGAUGGCCUGCCGCAUGGGGAAACCAACCUGCUGGGGCAGGGGGCUACCCAGGGGCCGCCUAUCCUGGUGCCUACCCUGGACAGGCACCUCCAGGCACCUACCCUGGACAGGCACCUCCAGGCACCUACCCUGGACAGGCGCCUCCAGGAGCCUACCCUGGACAGGCGCCUCCAGGAGCCUACCCUGGACAGGUGCCUCCAGGAGCCUACCCUGGCCCCACAGCACCUGCUUAUCCUGCACCAACUGCACCAGGAGCCCACCCUGGGCAACCAAGUGGGCCUGGGGUCUACCCUCCUCCUGGACAGCCAAGUGCUCCUGGAGCCUACCCUGCUGCUGGCCCCUUUGGCGUCCCUGCUGGACCACUGACUGUGCCUUAUGACCUGCCUUUGCCUGGAGGAGUCAUGCCUCGCAUGCUGAUAACAAUUCUGGGCACCGUAAAGCCCAAUGCAAACAGACUUGCUUUAGAUUUCAAGAGAGGGAAUGAUGUUGCUUUCCACUUUAACCCACGCUUCAAUGAGGACAACAAGAGAGUCAUUGUUUGCAAUACAAAGCUGGAGAAUUUAUGGGGAAAGGAAGAAAGACAAUCAACUUUUCCAUUUGAAAGUGGUAAACCAUUCAAAAUACAAGUGCUGGUUGAAUCUGACCACUUCAAGGUUGCGGUCAAUGAUGCUCACUUGUUGCAGUACAAUCAUCGGAUGAAAAAUCUCCACGAAAUCAGCAAACUGGGAAUUUCUGGUGACAUAGAUCUCACCAGUGCUUCACACACAAUGAUAUAAUCUUACAGGGGAAGUUUUAAAAAAAUGAAAUUGAAUAUAAACUCUUAGACAUUUAAAUCUCAUGUUUACUGGCUGAAAAAUUUUUCCUUUAUUCAUCAAUGUCCUUGUAAAUCACUCAUUUAAUAAACAUUCUAAGAGUUACCUGUCUUCAUAGGUCAUUUAAUUGGGGCAAUUCUUUUUUUUUUUUUUUUUAAGAUUUUUUUUUUAAGUGAUCUCUGCACGCAACAUGGGGCUCAAACUCACAACCCUGAGAUCAAGAGUCGCAUGCUCCACUGGCUGAGCCAGCUAGGCAUGGGGCAAUUUAUUCUUGAUAAUGCAUAAUGGACUCAGUGGAAAAGGAAUAUGUAGCAAUAUUAAUACUGCAUUAGAGUCUCCCAAAGUUUCCUAUGCUUGCUAAAAUAAGAAAAUAGUAUUUUAACCUCUGUGCGUUUCCAUAAAAACCAGAAGAUACUGCAAGGAAAUCAUUCUCCCACUCUCUUACUUAAGGAAAUAUAUUCAGAAAAUAAGAAAAAAACAAAGUUUUUUUUUGUUUUUUUUUUUUACUGUUAGCAUUCUGGUGUAUUUUUCAUUCCUAUUUUCUCUUUCUAAACUAUACUUAGCUGUUUUCAAAUAUAGCUGUUUUGAAACCUUGCUGUAAGUUCUCUUGGUUUUUAGGAAAUAUUAUAUUUAUAAAGGAAAAAAGCUCUUAAUUGAUCUAUAAUAAGCUUGAGAAUUAAUAGUUCCCAUUGCCAACAUUCUCAACCAUGCCUUUCUGCCCUUCCUCAUUAUCAGCAAGCCCAAAGAUGAACACAAUUUCAAAACUAGGAUGUAGUCAUAGCACUUCAAAAGAUCAAAAUAUUGUUUGGUCUAUUGUUUCUAUACUACCACCUCCUAGAUAUUUUAUUAUUACAAGGUGGGUUCCUCAGGAAGCAGAGAUGAGAACACAAUAGGUUUAUGGCAGAGAAUU